GAAUAUCUUUAAGCCACUAAAUCCGUACUGUCUAUUCAAGUAUAAAAUUUGUCGUUUAUGAUAUCAUUUUAAAAACUCCUAAGAUAAAAGAAAAAUAAUGAAAUAUUGCUGAAGAAAUGCACUUCCGCUGAGACUCCAACGACUUCCGUUGUACUUCCGGGUGUGCACAUUGGUAGGAAUGGAGGAGUUUACCCGCUCCAUAUACUGUAGUAAAUAGAAGCGUUGGACAUUUACACAAUGAAGAUCGUCACCUGGAACAUAAAUGGCAUCAGGACUUUCAGAGGCGGCAUUAAAAAAGCUCUUGAUUCUCUGGAUGCGGAUAUUAUCUGUCUUCAGGAAACUAAAGUGACAAGAGACUUACUUGAUGAAAGAACGGCAAUUGUCGAUGGCUACAACUCCUAUUUCAGCUUCAGCCGAGGACGUAGCGGAUAUUCAGGGGUUGCCACUUACUGUAAGGACAGUGCCACUCCGUUUGCUGCUGAGGAAGGUCUCACAGGCCUGCUGACCAACCAUGAAGGUCCUGUCCGGUGUUACGGUGACCACACUGAGUAUUCUACUGAGGAAUUGCAGCUUUUAGACAAUGAAGGACGAGCCGUUAUCACACAACACAGAAUCAUGUGUCAGGACCAAGUGAAAACAGUUACUGUAAUCAAUGUGUACUGUCCACGAGCUGACCCUGAAAAACCAGAGAGAAAGCAAUUCAAACUGCAGUUCUACAAGUUGCUUCAAGGCCGGGCAGAAGCCAUUCUGAAAGACGGGAGCUAUGUGAUUGUUUUAGGUGAUAUAAACACAUCUCACCGGACGAUAGACCACUGUGACCCAAGUGACAUUGAUGAUUUUGAGGAGAACCCUGGGAGAAAAUGGUUAAACUGCUUUUUGCACAGUGACAAACAAGAAGAAGAAAGUACUGAUGAGGAAUAUAAUGAAGCAUACAAGCUGACUUCAACCCAUGAUGGAAAAUUUGUGGAUACCUUUCGUCAUUUCCAUCCAACUCGCACCAAUGCCUUCACUUGCUGGUCUACUCUCACUGGAGCACGACAGACCAACUAUGGCACACGUAUUGAUUAUAUAUUUGCUGAUUGUCAGCUUGCAGAAGAGCAGUUUGUGGCAGCAGACAUCAUGCCAGAAGUGGAGGGUUCAGACCACUGCCCUGUUUGGGGGCAACUGAGCUGCUCACUCCUACCCAGCUCCAAAAAUCCUCCACUUUGUACUCGAUUUCUGCCAGAGUUUGCUGGCAAGCAGCAAAAACUUUCCCGCUUCCUUGUUAAGAUGGACCAAAAAUCAAUUCAGUCAGAGCAGAGGAAUGAACUGCCUGGAUCUCAAGAGGAGGAAGAAAGAAGGGAGAAUUUAAACCCCUCUGGAGCAGGUAAAAAACGAGUCCUAACAGCAGAAUCAAUUAUCCCAAAGGGGAAAAAAACAAAGACAGCAAAGGCUGCUUCAAAGCCACAAGGAAGCCUUCUUACAUUUUUCAAACCUAAGAUCACAAAUGUUCUUCCUUCUACUGAAGCACCUGAAAGGCAAAAAAAUCUUGAUCAGGAUGAAGUCACCUCACCCCAAAACCCUUCAGUCAAAGGCAGUGUCACUAAAGAUGCUACACUUGUCCUGGAUGGUUCAGAGCAACUGUGCACCAGCAGCUACCCAAAGGACAAUGACCAAGGGACAAAAGUAAAAACUCCACAUUUAACAUCACAGCCUACUGUGGGGCCAUCAGAUACCAAGAAAGGAGCAUCCUCAGGGUUUUGGAAGUCACUGUUUCAUGGACCACCCCCACCGCCCCCGUGUAAGGUCCAUGGAGAACCAUGUGUGCUUCGUACUGUGAAAAAGGAGGGGCCAAACAUGGGCAGACAGUUCUUUGUGUGUGCCCGUCCUCAGGGACAUGCCUCCAAUCCGGAGGCUCGUUGUAAUUUUUUUGCGUGGGUUGACAAGGGCAAAUGAUAUAAGACUACUAAUUGUUUUUUAUAGUUAAACCUCUGAUACACAUGUCUUCUCAUUGCAGAUUUUUAUAGUGAUUCUGUGUUGUCUUAGCCAACUAAUAAAACAUCAUACUACACUGA